UGUAGAUUUUUUUUGUUCUCCAUUCACGGUCGAAUGGAUUUUGUUCUGACUUAAUGUGAUGAAUGGUAGUGAAAAUUCAUCCGUGUGCAGAAUAGAUCAAGAAUAUGUGAAUGGGCCAUUGUUUGAGGUCUGUAGAUUUCUGAAGACACUUCGUGGAUGCUGUUAUCAGCACUUCUGUUUUAUGGAUAGAUGUCAAAAUGGAGCCUGGAAUGUUGAUGAGUCUGCUGUGCGGCUGCCACUGCUGAUGGGGAGUUGGCUCAAGCUUUGUGGGUCCAUCCACUGGUAAAGUGUAUAGUGCUGUGGAGUGGAGCGAGUUCCCCGGGACACACACAUCGAGCAGCCAAGCUCAGGCAAUUUGUGAUUGUAAAAUGGUUAAAAUGAGUUUCUGUGAGAAAUAAUCGAUAGCGACAAUCCCAGCAUGGAAAACGCCAGUGGUAACCCGCCUCUAGGUCCGAGUGGGGAUGGCAAACCGGAUGGUAGCGGUGAGGUAGGGCCUCCGGUUGGAAUGCCUCCAAUGCAUCCGGGAGCUCCACCCGGAGGUCACUAUCAACACUACGGCUAUGGAGCCCCAUCGUCGAUGAUGGACCAUCAUGCCAAGGACCCGUAUUAUCACCAUGCUGCCGCAGCAGCCGCUGCAUCCCGUCACUAUGAUCCAUACUCCAUGCAUGCCCCGUACCAUUCAUACCAGCAUUCGUACCACCAUCAAGCUCCUUACGGAGGACACACGUACCACCAUCAAACGGCAGCCACUGGAUAUCCUUCGGUAAGCCACCACUCACUGAUACCGCCGGUUGGUGUUCCGCCAACUUCCGGAUAUCCAGUUUAUCCCAGCAGCAAUCAAAGCCCGGUUCCCGUUCCCCCGCAACCAACGUCGAUUCCCGGUCCGUCCGGAUUUCAGAAGUCGCCAGAAAAACCAUCAUCUGUUGAACCAAAAUCUUCGUUUCGUGAUGAUAAAAAUAUGUUAAUCGGCCCUAGCUCUGGAGGUCAAGACACGACUGAUGGUAUCCCAGGGAUACCUCCAAAACGAAAAAUCGAGAUUCUGGAUAAUGUUCUGAUAAAAAAAUCCAAACAGGAACUGGAAGCUGAGAAGCAAGAUAAUUGUGUUCCUCCGGCAGUUGAAACACUUGAACCCGUCGUUCCCACCACUCCGCCUAAUAACCACGGAUGCGGUAUCGAAUCCAGUAAAUCAUCCUUCCAGAUAUCUAAUUUGCUUGAUGAUAAACCAACGAAAGCAGAUACUCAACACACACCACCACCACCACAACCACCAGCACAAUCGCCACCAACAAAAAGACAACCUUCUCCGCAAAUUGUAGAACAACAUGAACAGCAGCCUCUGGUAGAGCAGAAACCAUCCGAGCUGGAGGAAAAGUCGUCUUUGCCUGUGCCAGAAACUACGGGGACUCCACGAGAUUUGUCACUACCAUCAACGCCACCAUCAAAACCAUCAACACCGCCGGCGCCUCCGCCACCGCCUCCACCAUCACUUCCAACUACUCCUCCUCCUCCUUCUCAUUCUACUCCCGCAUCAACACAGCAGACCACGGAAGAGGAGCACCCGCCGAACGAAAAAAAUAAUGAACUUCAAAAUGAUCCUGCGGAAGAACAACAACCUUCAAAGGAGGAACAAUCGCAAGAACAGCAAGAACCACCACCACCGACCUCAUCGGCGCAGCAGAUGGAUUUUGACAUUUCCGAAAAAUUGAAAGAAAUGGGCGAAAUCAGUGUCAAACCGGUAUCGAAGACCGAUGCCAGUACCAGCCGGGUGAAGGAGCUCGAAUGCACCGAAGAAAUUUCGCUGGAAAUCACCAAAAAAGAUGCUGCAAUGCGAAAGGUGAGUAAUCUGCGAAAGAACAUCAAAGAAGUGAUGGACGACAACCAGCUGGACGCGUCGACUUUGGCCGCACAGCGUCAAGAAUUGGAACGAUUGGCACGGGUCCAGGAACAGCAGAGAAUCAUUCGAGAGGUACAGCGCCAGCUAGCGCUGGAAAGGCAAACAAACAAAACGGAACAAAAGGUGAUGCAGUUCCUGCAGGGACAUGCUUCCAUUUUGAAAACUCAACAACCCGGCACUUCUACACCGGUGAAGGUUGGUUACGUGAAAAAUCCAUUCGAAACCCGAGGAAGACCACCGAAAGCACGACCCCUUCAAACCAAUCUAACCCCGUCUGUCAGCAUUGCUCCGGUCAAAUCGGCCGGAUCGUCUUCAUUGGCAGCGCAGAUUCCUUCGAUUCCAGUGCGGACCUUCGAUGACAUGGUUGACAGUGAAGAAGACUUUGACGAUGAAGAUGACGAAGAGGAGGACAGUGAAGCGGAGAUCAUUCCGGCUCCGGAAAAGAAGGAAGUGGUGACAAUUGAUAGCUCGUCGGAUGACGAUUGCAUCGUGCUGUCCGAUGACGAAGAGGAACCGGAGGACGAUUCCGAUGAUGAUCCACAGAACAGUGGUUUACAUGUUAAUGAUUCGUACAAUGUCCCGGACGAACAGGGACGAGUUGUGAUUAAUGUUGGUCACAGCGAGGGCGAGGAGGACAUAUUCCUGGCGCCGCAGAUUGCACGCAUCAUCAAACCUCAUCAGAUCGGGGGUGUGCGGUUUUUGUUUGACAACAUUAUAGAAUCGAUUGAGCGAUACGACACUUCUACCGGAUUCGGUUGCAUACUGGCCCAUUCUAUGGGGCUUGGCAAAACACUGCAGCUGGUUUGCUUCUGUGAUAUAUUUUUAAGACACACCAGUUCCAAAACGGUGCUGAUUAUUAUGCCCAUCAAUACGCUGCAGAAUUGGUUGAACGAGUUUAACACAUGGCUUCCGGAGGAUCCCGAAAAUAGUCCUCUGAAAAAUCACGGUGAUGUACGGUCGCGUAAUUUCAAGAUAUUCAUCCUGAACGACAGUCAUAAAACGUUGAAAUCAAGAGCGAAGGUUGUGCUGGAAUGGGCAAAGAGUGGUGGUGUUUUGCUGAUUGGCUAUGAAAUGUACCGGCUGCUUAGUCAGAAGAAGAUGACCAAAAAGAAGAAGAAGAAAAAGGGAGAGUCAGCUGUAGUGGACGAAGAGAAAGAAUCUACCGAAGAGCAGAAGAAUAUGUUUGAUGAAAUUCACGAAGCAUUGGUAAAGCCAGGUCCGGAUUUGGUAGUUUGUGAUGAGGGGCAUCGUAUUAAGAAUUCUCACGCUAGCAUUUCGGUCGCUUUGAAACAGAUCAAGUCCAAGCGAAGAAUCGUCUUGACAGGAUAUCCGUUGCAAAACAAUUUGCUUGAAUAUUGGUGUAUGGUGGAUUUCGUUCGUCCGAAUUAUCUUGGCACCAAGACAGAGUUCAGUAAUAUGUUCGAACGUCCGAUUCAAAAUGGACAGUGCAUUGAUUCCACCCCACAGGACAUUAAGCUAAUGCGCUACCGGGCUCAUGUGUUGCACUCACUGUUGCUUGGUUUUGUCCAGAGGAGAUCACAUUCGGUGCUACAGACCAGUCUCCCUCAGAAAGAAGAAUACGUUCUGCUAAUCAGGAUGACCGAGUUUCAACGAAAACUGUAUACCGUUUUCAUGAAUGAAGUCGUCCGAACUAAAGCUGUUCCAAAUCCGCUUAAAGCCUUUGCAGUGUGUUGCAAGAUUUGGAACCAUCCCGAUGUGUUGUAUAACUUUUUGAAGCAAAGUGAACGUGAUUUGGAUUUGGAAAUAGAGGAAGCAGAACCGGUGGCACCGGCCGUCAAACCUCCACCUGAACCCGUAAAGCCACCUGCUCCUCCUCCUCCUCCUCCGCCACCACCACCACCAUCGACUGAGAAGAAAAAGGAAGAGAAAGAAAAGAAAAAACCAGGCAAAAAGCCAUCGACUCCUAAACCCCCGAAACCGUUGGCACUGAAGAAAGAUGGAACUCCUCGCAAGCCAAGAACUACCAAGAAGGAACUAGCUAUGAAAAAUCAAGCUAUAGGAAAAGAUGGCAGAAUGGUUCCCGCUGCAACAGUGAGUCCUAGUACGCUACAUAAAGAUCCACCGGCAGCAGAAGCUACGGACCCAGCUGAAAACCUUCCUACGAUAAAGACUGAAACUGAUCCAAAUGCUAUCAAACAGGAAUAUCCCAGUUAUACCCAGCAGCAAGUCCCACAGCAGCAGCCACCGCCGCAACAGCCAGGAAUGUAUCCCGGUUAUCAGAAUCAAGGUUAUCAAAAUCAGGCUCCCGUCAGUGCACCGCCGGCACCUUACAACUACAAUCAAGGUGGAAUGAAUCAAGAUCCUAACAACUAUAACUAUGGAAAUCAGUACUCAUCGAACGAUCCGUAUCAGAAUUACGGUAACAAUUACUAUGGUCGGAACGAUUACAACUAUAAUCAGGGCUACAAUUACGGCUACGAUCAGAACUAUCAGAAUAAUUAUGCAUCGAAUAGCUAUCAAAACUCCAACUAUUGGGGUAACAAUAACUACUACCAGCAGCCACAACAACAGAAUAACUCAUAUAAUGGGAACUACUAUAACAACACGAAUCAAUACGGUUACUCCGAACAGCAGCAGCAGCCCCAGCAGCCGGUCCAGGACCAACAGCAGUACAAUCAGUACGGUACGCAACAGGCUCCACCAGAACAAAAAUGGGAUCCAUCGAAUCCCACCGUUGAUCCUAUGUAUCAACAACAUCCGCAACCGCCGGUGGGUCCUCCGUUAGACGCAGCUGUUACUCAGCAGGAAGCUAAUGCUCAAUUUGCCGAUCAACCAUCACUUGAAGAUCUCAAAGAACCGGUUAAAUCGCUGGACGUAAAGGAAGAAAAACCCACGGAAAUUGUCGAUAUGGAUACAAAGGUUAUCUGCAAGGUAGAAGACAUAAAAGAAGAAAUUAAGACCGAAAUGAAAACUGAAAUUAAAACAGAGCUGGAGGUCUCAGCUGAUGGAACAAAAACAAAAGAAGAGAUCAAAUCAGAAGUCUGCAUAAAAGUUGAACCCACUGUGACAGCAGAAGCAUUGGACAAAGAGCCAGUGACAGACAAAGUAGCUGGCGAACCGAAAGCCGAGACAGAUGGAACUAAGCUGAAGGAUGAACUGCUGAAAGUUGAAGAUGAUUUUAAAGCAAAGGAAACGAAAGAUGGUGGAAAAGAUGGCGGCAAAGCUAACGGUAAAGACAAGGACGAAAUACCGUACGAGUGGGCUUUCGAGUUGAUGAAAACCUACUCGCCGGAUUUGAUGGAGAGCUCACCGAAGAUGCAGAUAUUUUUCCACAUUCUGGUUGACAGUAUCAAACUGGGCGAUCGGAUGUUAGUGUUCAGCCAAAGCUUGCUGACGCUAAACCUGAUCGAGCGGUUCCUGCAGAAGCACAAAAUACCCGGCACGGAAAAUCACUGGGCGAAAAAUACCAACUACUACCGUUUGGAUGGAUCAACAGCAGCUCAAGAGCGCGAAAAGCUAAUCAACGAGUUCAACUCGAAUCCGAACAUUCAUCUCUUCCUGGUGUCAACCCGAGCCGGAUCGCUCGGUAUCAAUUUGGUCGGUGCAAACCGCGUUGUUGUGUUCGAUGCAAGCUGGAAUCCGUGUCACGACACGCAGGCCGUCUGUCGUGUGUAUCGCUACGGGCAGAAAAAGCCAUGCUUCGUCUAUCGGUUAGUGAUGGAUAAUUGCUUGGAGAAGAAGAUCUACGAUCGCCAGAUCAACAAGCAGGGUAUGAGCGACCGGAUCGUGGAUGAGUGUAACCCAGAUGCUCAUCUGUCAAUGAAGGAAGUGACCAGUUUGUGUUAUGACGAUGGAGAAGAAAGUGAAAUGCAGGAUUUUAGUGACGAGAAAGAUAAAUUUAUCGAUGUGGUCAUGCAGAAUUUGUUAGAGAUUUACUCGAAGCAACUGACGAAAGCUCCUUUUGCUCACGAGAGUUUAUUGAUUGACCGGAAGGAAAAGAAACUGUCUUCUGCUGAGAAACGUCAAGCUCAGAGAGGAUAUGAGUUGGAGAAACAAGCUGCUACCAAACCCAGCUACUCGUACACGUCGAUGGGAACAACGUACAGAGCGAUCCGAACUCCGGAUGGUUCAAUCAUUCAUCGACCGGUGGCAUCGGUGCGCCCAAUGCAGUCAGGAGACGCCGGUAAAAAUGCGAUUGGUGGCAAUCGCCCUACCAGAUGGAUACCGGCCGAAGUUUGGCAACGGCAGGGCAUGACUGCACAGGAAAUGACACUUCCAAUCGACGUUGUAAUUCCUACAAGUUCGGCGGACAAAUCUAAUAUUGUUCUCAAGGCUGGCCAGAAAGUAAUGGUGCUAAAAUCACCCAAAGGAAUCUAUAUGCAGCUUGAGACUGGUAAAAUAAUUGCCAUUCGAACUGCUUUCAAGGUAGGGCAGAAUAAAGAUGGUAUUACCAAGGGUGGUCCGUUAGGUUCGGCUACUGCCGCCGGUCGGAGAGCAAGUAUGACUUCAACGGCUACCAAGGCCGGCACUUCGCUAAAGGUUGGCGGUGAUUGUUCGGAAGGAAACUCUUUGAGUAUUCCAUCCAAUUCAGACGAUGAAGAAAAGUCUGACUCAAGCAUUGUUCCACUGGAUCCCGAUAGUGAAAGAGAUUCUAUGAAUAUUGAUGAUUAUCCCGAGAAAGGUGAAAUAGUGGAUUGUGAUAUGAAGAGCGACGAAUUGGAAGAAGGAGAGAUCAGAGAUGGUAUGGUAGGAUGCAAGAGAACCAAAAUACCGCUUGCCAGCGUAGCAUCGUUUUCUAAUGCAGCUUCAAAGGCUGCUAUAGAGCAUGGUUCAUCGAAAUUUCCAAUGAUUCAGUCGGCUUACUCGUUGGCUCCUCAGAAACAAGGACCUAUCAAAAACUUCCAGCAUACGGGUAAUCAUACUCAAGUUCCUAGCCAUCAAACGCAUCAACAACCACCUGCCACAGUAACAAUAGAAGACGAAAUCCCACCUCUCAGAGAGAAGGUUGUCUACAAACCGAAUCUGGUAGAGAGGAAAACGAAAACAUCUCAAUCAUCAUUGAAAAACUACAGGCACAAGGCAGGCAAAACUCCGGAUGCUUCUACUCCGACAAAAUCGGUAACUCCUGAAGAAUGUGGUUCUGUAGUACCACCGAAUCCAAGCGCAUCGCAUGCAGCGUCCUCAACAGAAACUCAACAAGCUUCGACAAUUCAACCGCCGGUAUCUGUAUCUUCGGAAGGGCAACACUAUCCCGCACCAGGAAGACAAACUCUAUCGCAUCAAUCUCCGCAGAUUCCACAGCAACAACAGUAUCAGCCGUCUGCAGCUUAUCCAUCCCACAAUCAACAGUCGACAUAUGGUGUGCCAAAUCCUUCGUCUGCUCCUGCUAAAAGUUCUAUUCUUCAUCAGCCGCAGCAUAUGCAUGCAUCUGCUUACGGAACUCACAAACAUCAUCCACAGCAGCAGACACCGACGCAAACACAACACUCGUCCUGGAAUCCUUAUACAGGAAACAACAAUUCACCAUCAUACUACGGCCCGCAAUCGCAUUCUCAGCCUCCCCCACCACCACCAUCCCAAUAUGAGUCCAGUUUGAAUUUCCUUGAGAAAACAACGUCGGCUCUUAUCAACAACCAGAAUCAGAGUGAGUUCCAGACUUGUCUCAGUAACAUAACUCGAUCACCGACCCCCACCGACAAUUUCAUGGAUUAUCAACCGAAGGCAACUCCAACAGGAAAGAAGGCAGCAGCUGCCAAAAAACCUCCCAAACAACCGAAAAAUGACUACAACGCAGCCAAGAAAGCUUUGAGCAAACGUAACAACCCUUCCCCGUACCAUCCGGUCUCGUCAUCUUCUGCAUCUUCCUCGCCAUCUCCUUCGCCGGCGGUCGUGAUGAACCACAGCCAAAACAGUAACAGCAGCUCCCUUAGUGGAACAGCCACACCGAUAUCGGCUGCUCAACACACCAUCAUCGGUGGAAACACUUCAAUAGCCAACAACAAUAGUAGCAGCAACAAUACCGGACCCUAUGGUGGCUAUCCGCCGUCGUCGGCCGCUUCCGGUUACUAUGAUCAGUAUUCCCAGCCGCAAAUGUAUCCACAACAAACACCGCCACCGCCAGUCGCUCAAUCGACGGCUGGUCCGGCAGCACCACCUGUCGGAAUGUACACUAGCUCGCCAAUGCAGCAUCAACCCUAUGCAGCUGGUCCGGUGUCGUCCACCUACAAUGGUUCCUCAUAUGCAUCCAAUAACAACACACCAUCAUCAGUGAAUCGUUCCAACUACUAUCAACCGCCAUCCUCAUCAGUAUCAACAGUGACGACGAUGAGCUCAACCACUGUUCCAACGGAUUCUACAAACUACUACCAACAGCAAUUGAGUAGCACUUCUCAACCUCAGCAGCAGCAACCGACGGCAUCACCUCAUCAUCAUCAGCAGCAACAGCAGCAAGUGAGGAGCCAAUCGCGAGGAUCGUCCCACGGCCACGUUCCCUCAUCCUCUGUUUCAAGCCAACAUCAGCAGAAUCAAUCGCAUCAGCAAUCUCAGAGUUACAUGACCAGUACGGCCAUUGCCAGUCCAGUUGAUACUGCAUCAAGCUAUCAACAGAUGCAACCAAGUUCGGCUGGUACUCCUUCCUUUACUCCGUACGCAUCCUACACUACGACCGCCACAAAUAAUGCUCCUUGUACGACUCAGACGGUCAGUUCGAAUGGAUCAGCUUUCCAUCGACCUGAGAGUGCCGCCAUUCCGGGCAUUCCUACUCCGGUUGCCGGAAACACCGGUGGAAGCCCUGCAAGCUAUGAAACACCUCCGACCUAUAUUCCGGAAAGUGGAACCAAUCCCUAUCAAUAUCCUUAUCAAGCGACUUCCCAGUACCAAACUCAAGGAUACUAUCCUCCACCGACAUACCCUUACUAUCCGACGACUGGUGCUCCCUACUCCCCAUCCGAUUCCCAGUACCAUUCGUAUCCACCUCCUCCGCCACCCUCGAACUACAACUACCCACCCUAUCCUAGUCAGCCCGGUGUAGGACAGUGGCAAUGAACCGAUUAAUCUGGUCUUCUGGGCGAUCGCUCUCUAUUGGAUGGCUGAGAAAUGUUUUCUUGUUUUUUUUUUCCUGAGGAAAGAUGCUUUUAAAUAUUUUGUACAAUGUUCCUUUUCGAAAAUUUCUUUUAUCACGGAAGACAUUUAUCGCGUAGAAUGUAUGCUAGUAUCAUGCUCUCUAUUUUCUAUAUUGUUUUGAAAAUAUAGAAUCUAUUUUAUAUUCGUUUUGUAGAUAGGCCACGUGUUCCUAAUAAAGUUUUGGAAAUAUUUUAUUUUCGUCUUCCCUUCAGAGUAAUAAUAAAAUAACAGAAAAAGUCAGCGGUUUGAAUCCAGUAUUCGCUGCUAACUGGAAAAACUGAUAAUGAACGGCUAUAAUUUAUAAUCUGAGCAAAACGGAAAUCUUAUAUCAAUAUUAAAAAAAACUAUUCAUAGUGAACGAAUAUUAAACGAUAGAUGUCCAUCCGUAUGUCGGGUUAGUCAUCAAACUCAUUAACUUCGCCGAGCUUGUUCUCUCGAGUAUCGAACAACUGUUGGAAGAUCAACAGGAAUCCAUCAAACGGCCUUUCAUUUGGUGAGUUUCAUCGGUUCGUCUGAGAGAACACAAGUUUCUUUGAAGUUGGGAGUUUGUGUGAUAAGAUGGUUACAAUGUAAUACGGAACGAAAUGGACACUUAUUCGAAACAAUUGUUAAAAGAAUCUAAUUCUUUGAAAUUGUCUUGGCAAACAACAUAUGCGCGUUCAGAAGAUUCUGUUUUGACAAUCUUAUCUUUCGUUUCUGAAGUUAAAAAAAUCAUACUGAAACCACAACUAAUUUUCUCCCCACAUAUUUGUUCACGUUAGUUCGAUGCAAAGAAGAACAUAACGGAAGAAAGAAUGGUACCCCUCCAAACAGUGCAAUGACUUUUUGUUGAAUCUGAGUUUUCUAUGUAAAUUUUAUUUACUACUGUUUUAGGCUUUUAGAUAUUUAUAUAACAACAACAGAAUUCGCUAGUGCUGUUGGCAAAGCACACUAAGUAAAUAAACUAAGUAAUGAAAAAAAAAACGGAAUGCAUUAUUGAAAGAAAACUGUGAACGAAAACUGUGUCGACUGCAUUGAAACUGAACGGAAGUGGUACUUUUGCUACAUAGUAAGAUCUUGAGACAGUGCUUCUACGUAGAAUAAAUAAAAUUUACUGCUAAUAAAAAUAUGAAAGAGAACAUACACAAUCCAGUUUAGUAAAGCCGCAAUGAAUGUUUUAAUCGACACUAUACAUUUUACCUAAAUAUUUCAUAACAUUAGACAGCAUGAAAGCGUAGCGAUUUAGCACUUAUCAUUAUUUAUUAGCCACUGACAAACCAAGAAACUCUUUCGAAGUUGAACUGCACAGCCAGGAAGCAACGCAUUUAAGAAAAAAAACAUCGUUUUAACGUAGAUAUUGCUAAUUGUGAAAGCAAGCAAAAAAAAGUUAUCCCAAUUGUCGUUUAGAAUCAAGUAAAUAAUUACCACUGCUUACUAUUACUAUUACCUAUACCUACAAUUUCCAAUGUCAGCUCCCGUAGAUAACUAUUCCAACUAAUGUUGAAACGGCAUACUACUUUCAACUGUGUAGGAUGUAUCUGUUAAACGUCAUAACGGUCGUAUAGAUUCACUCAUUUCCGUGCUGAUUACCAGCGUCCCGUGAAGUACAGAAUUUCAGCUGUGUGACGGUGAGGAUCCGCAUAGUCAACGGUUCUAAUUUUCCAGUGAUCUUUUCUGUUAGGGAAUUUGUGUUCUAUUAGUAUUUUUGUAUAAAGAAAGCAAACGAAGUGAUGAAAGUGAAAGUCGUAAUUCUUCAUACUGGGUUAGUUUUCGCGAUAAUUUGAACAUACGCACGACCUGUAGACAUUAAUUGUAUUCAAUGUUGGAAGAAGUGUUGGAUUGUGACGAUGAUUGAAGUGGGUUCUGAGCUUUCUGCUUGCGCAGAACCGUUGCGCGCGUAGUGUGGUAGCAAUUGGUAUGAUUAUUUUAAUCAGUACAGCAUAAUUAACUGAUAUCGACUACAAUAAUAUUAACACGAUAAUAGAGUAAUGUAUGAAACCGUAUUACAAAGUAUUUAAAAAUA